CUGAGAGGGGGAAUGGCGGAGGAGGAAGGGAUCGAGUUGGUCGUGUUGCCGGAUCUUAGCGCGCUCUUGAAGCUUGAUGAAUUGGUGCGCAAGGGGAACAUCACCGGCGCCAAGGCGGCUUUCGCGAGGCAGAAGUAUGAGGAACUCCACAAGAGUCUCAAGGAAAGUAUAGCAAACACUAGGAAAUUGUUUGAAGAAAGGGAGGAGCUCACUCGCAAGUUUAAUGUGGAGAAGAUUGAACUGGAGAAAGUUUUGGUCGACGCCCAGGAAGAUGAAGCUGCUCUCGACAUGCUUCGUGAGGACUCGGAGCAAGCGGAAUCAGAAGCACUGGCAUGCAGGUAAAGGAGAGGGACUUGGC